AUGAGUGAUGGAUGGAAGAACAUUAAACGGAACGCAUUAAUUGCGUCUAUGCUCUCUGUUGAUUACAAGACUUAUACUGUUCAAGUGCACAAUCUAUCAGCGCAACACAAGACAGCCAACAACCACUUGAAGCUGGUACUCAAUGAUAUAGACAGUGCUGAGAAGGAGCACAAUGUCCGUAUCAUUGCCUGGGUGUCUGAUGCGGGAGGCAACUCACGAGCCAUGCAAGUCCGACUCCAUUGCUUACGCCCUCAUAUUUUGGUUUUUGACUGUUGGGCACACCAGAUUAACCUUAUAGUUGGCGAUAUCAUGGGCCUAACCUCACGGCUUGUUGAUACAGCAGAUGCCGCAAUUGAUAUCAUUAACCUACUGUCUGAGUCCCAAUCACUUUGUGCCAUUGCCGCACGUAACCCUGAGGAGUUUUGGGCAAGUGCGGGACGCUCCCCUGAGACAAUUGAGCAAGCCAACACUGUCUUGAAGAACAUUGAUGAUCCUGAAUUUUGGCAUAGAUUGGGCAAGCUCAAGCUAUACCUAGAGCCACUUGCAAUCGCUGCAAAUGUCUCUCAGGCCGCGACUACUAGGCUGGAUCAUAUUCUGGUCGAACUUGGGCGGUUGUAUUACACAUUUUCGCACCUUGGGUUCAAUCCAAAGCAACUAUUCAGCGAGAUGGGACACAUCCACACAAAACGGCGCAAUCAACUGGGAUACCAGAAGGUAUUUGACACUGCAGUUGUGCGUAUGGACCUCAAACGCAAGCACGCAGAUGAAGGACAGACGCGCUCAAGGCUGAAGCGUCAAUUUGGCUCUCCAGCCCUUGACUCAGUGAUUUCAAGGGCCAAUAACCAGCCCGACAAACUUGCAGAGUCAAUUGCUGACGUCGAUAUAACCGAGGAGGGUUUAGCCACCUCUAGUGUGCGCUCACUUGCAAUGCAACUUCGUCAAGAUGUACUCAAUGACAAAGACCCAUUAGACAAUGAGUUCAAAGACUCUUGCACAACAAACUCCACACCACCCACCAAUACGCUCCCGAAAAAGUCUCCCAUCUCACUACGUGAUCUAUUUGAUUACUCCCGUAGUACCGGGUCCAAAGCGCACGGACUGGAUGUUUUCAAGUCCAACGGAUUGGACAAUCUCAAAGCAGAGCUUGAGCUCUACGGGCUGGUCACUCGGGACGUGCAACAAACCCUACAAAUUGACGAUUCGGCCGCAUAA